AUGGCACCUUCAAAUCCAGGGCGGAUGGAUCCGGUGAUUGCACGGCUUUCCGACCCUUCAAAAGAUAUAAAGUCGAAAAUAGAUGCAGCAACAGAGUUACUGGAGUUUCUGGAUGCUCCUCAGUUGGAUGAUUAUCAAGGAUUUUUGUUUAAAUUAAUACCCGCAAUAAUUCAAGUGUUGGAUAAUGAGCAACAGAAUUUUUCUAAUUUUUCGCUUGAGCAGAAAUUGCGUGGAAAUGUUUUAAACUUGCUUCAUCGGUUGCCUUUGAAUGAAACAUUUCGCCCAUAUGCUGCCAACAUAAUGCAAGUCUUAAUGAAAAUUUUACAUGCAGAUUACGAAGACAAUGCUAUUUUAUGUUUAAAAAUUAUUAUUGAUUUCCAUCGAAAUUUCAAACAAAAUUUGGAAGAAUAUAUCCAACCAUUUUUAGAUUUUGUAUUAGAAGUAUUCAAAAAUAUGCCACAAGUUGUUAAAGAGAGUUUCCCGCCUACAGGUUCUCCUGGAUCUACUUCAUCUUUGACAAAUAUAAAAUUAUCUCCUGAGCCUUUAUCAUUUGAAAAUUCUUCUGAAAUAGAAGAAACUAGUUUGGUUUCUACGAGAAAAUCCAAAUAUAGCUUUAAAGUGCUUACAGAAUGCCCUAUUAUUGUUGUUCUUUUAUUCCAGUCUCACAAACAAAUCAUUUCUACAAAUUUGCCUGCUUUUAUUUUUGCAAUAAUUGAAAUGCUUUCUUUACAAGCUUCUCCUCAAGCUGAAGCACAUUUAAUUGCAGCUUCCAAAAAUGAAAUAUUUACAGGUGUUUCACCUAAUAUUUUAGAUAAAAGCUUAUUUGGAGAAUUUAUAAUAGCUCAAAUAAAGACUAUGUCUUUUUUAGCUUAUGUUUUACGAGGAUUUACUACAGUAAUGAAAAAAUACCAAAACAAGAUACCCGAAUUUUGUGUCCGUAUUUUAAAAGAUUGCCCACCAGAAAUAUCUUCUGCAAGAAAAGAACUGUUAGUCGCUACAAGACAUAUUUUAGCAACAGAUUUCCGCAAUGCUUUUGUUAAAAAGAUAGACCUUUUAUUAGAUCAAAAAGUUCUUAUUGGAGAGGGUGUAACAGUCCAUGAGACAUUAAGGCCUUUAGCAUAUAGCAUGCUUGCAGAUUUAAUUCAUCAUGUACGUUCUGAACUUAAUGUGAAACAGAUAAGUCAAACAAUUCGUGUAUAUUCUGCUAAUCUCCAUGAUUGGACUUUGGCAAUCAGUAUUCAAACUAUGUCUGCAAAAUUGCUUUUAAACAUGAUUGAUAGAAUAAUGAAACUUCCUCAACAAUCAGAAGGACGCCAAUUAUUAAUUAUAAUUUUAGAUAGUUUUGCAAAAAAGCUUAAAGAGUUGAAUCGGUUUUAUCCCUUUUUAAAACAUAAACAUUUUUUAGACAAUACUUCAAAGUCUGAAAACACAAAACAAAUUCAGGAACAUGAAAAUAUUAAAUAUAUAGAUAUUGAAAAUAGAUUGGAUCUUAAACGUUUAAAUCCAAUUGAAUCAUCUUUUUCUGCUUUUAAUUUGUCACCUAGUCCACUUAAAGACGCACGUGUAUUAUUUAAAAAUCUUAUAAUUGGCUUAAAGCCUAUACUAUUCGGUCUUAAAAGUUGUAAUCCAUUAUCUAUUUGUCCAUUAUCCAAUAUGCAACAAUGGAACGAUGUGGUUAGAGGACUAGAUGCGUUCGAUGUUUCUCUUUUUACAAAAAUAUUCGAUGAAGGUUGUAAAGGAUUUAUUUAUUACAAAAAUGAAAUAGAAAAAAAUACGCAUGAUACUAAAUCUAGAGAUAAAUUAACACCUAUGGAUUCAUCAAUUACAAUUAAUAUACCUAGUACUAGAGAAGAGAAGGAUGUUAUUGAGACAUUUGCUACUAUAUUUAUACAUAUUGACCCAGCUGUUUUCCAAGAAAUAUUUCAAACGCAACUUCCUAUAUUUUUUGAACAAGUUCUUGAAAAUCCUUCACUACUUCAUAUUCCCCAAUUUUUUUUAACUAACGAUAAUACAUCACCUGGAUUUGUUGGAAUUUUAUUAUUAUUUCUUAAAAGCAAGCUAAAAGAAGUUGGCACGGAUAAUACUUCUAGAACCUUAGUUCUUUUGAGAUUUUUUAAACUAGCGUUUAUGGCAGUAACAAUGUUUCCUGACUCCAAUGAAACUAUUAUAAGACCGCAUCUUAGUUAUUUUAUUAUUCAAUCUUUUAAGUUAUCAACAACAGCUGCUCAGCCAAUGAAUUAUUUUUUACUAUUAAGAUCUCUUUUUCGAAGUAUUGGCGGUGGACGCUUUGAACUUUUAUACAAAGAAGUUUUACCAUUAUUACAAGUAAUUCUUGAAUAUUUAAAUAAUUUAAUUCAGUCGUCAAGAAAACCAUCAGAAAGAGACUUAUUCGUAGAGCUUUGUCUUACUGUUCCAGUUCGAUUAAGUGUUCUUUUACCAUAUUUGAACUAUUUAAUGAGGCCAUUAGUGUUAGCUUUGCGUCCAGGAUCUGAUCAAGUUAGUCAAGGUUUACGAACUUUAGAACUUUGUAUUGAUAACUUAACCCAAGAUUUUUUGGAUCCAAUUUUAGCGCCUGUUGUUGAUGAUCUUAUGGCAGCUUUAUGGGAACAUUUAAAACCUCUUCCAUAUAGUCAUCAACAUAGUCACACUACUCUUCGUAUUCUUGGAAAAUUAGGAGGAAGAAAUAGAAAAUUUAUAAUGGGUCCUAAGAACUUAAAUUAUAAAUGGGAUUUAGAAAGUCAUCCUCGGAUUUUAAUAUAUUUACAUGGUUCGAAUAAACCUCAGAUAUUUCGACCUACAUUAUAUAUAGAUCUUUCAGUUGAUACAAUUAAGGAUUUGCGUGCAGAUUUGAGUCAUAAAGAAUAUGCAUAUCAAUUUCUUAAUUCUAUUGUCAAAUUGUUUUUAAAUUCUAAUGAACAUCCUCCUAAAUUCGGUGAACUUCUUAGAAAGCAAAUUAAAAUUAUAAUUUCAGGAGAUCCUUCAUUUUUUACAGAACUUGCAGAAAAUGAUAAAAUGAAUAUAGAUGAGUCCAUGUAUUCUGAAAAGAAGAUUCCAAACACGUCUAAUAUUUUAGUACAUGAAACUUUAUGGAAAAAAGCUCUUUUGGGAUGUUUUUAUGCUGUGUCUAUUGAACAAUUAAAAUCUGAUGUUAAAGAAUUUAUUACUAACCUGUGUAUACAUCUUACAUUUUUAGAAUUACAACAAACUUAUGAAGAAACUCAAAUUCGUUUACGGCCAUUUUCCAUUUUAACUUUUGUUGACCCUAUUUAUUUAGAUAUUAGAGUAAUAGGUGAUGUUAUAGUAACCGGAUUAAGUUCAGAAAUAGAAGAAGUUCGGAAUCUCUCAGAAUCUUGUAUACAAAUAUUUUAUAAUACUUUAGUUACAAUUUUGGGGUCAAAUGAAUUAAUGGACAAAAUACCUUUGUUUCAUUCACUUGCUAAUAAAUUUUGUCAUGCAUGUUAUAAAGAGCAUGGUUAUGAUAAAGCUGGAGGAGUUUUGGGUAUAAAAAUUUUGAUUAAAAUUUUAAAUAAAUAUAUCAACUGGAUAACAAACCAUGAGCUUGACUUUAUUAAAGCAUUAUUAUUUGUUUUGAAAGAUACAUCUCCAGAAAUACCGUCAACAUAUAUUAACAAUGCUGUUGAUACCAUUAUGGAUAUACUAAGACUAUGUAACAGCGAUACUAGUGGAAAUGAAUAUAAUAAUGAAAAACAGCGAAAAUUUACUGCUUUAACUGCGUUAUUAAUAACAGAGCUUUCAAACCCAAACACCAUAGUAAGAGAAACAGUUCAAUCAGCAUUUCAUCUUUUAUCUAAAUUACAAGAAACAGAAUUACACGAAUUAUUAAAACCAGUUCAAGAAAGAUUAUUGCAGCCGAUUUUUAUAAAACCUCUUCGGGCACUUCCAUUUGGAAUGCAAUUUGGACAUAUUGAUGCUAUUACGUUCUGUUUAUCACUAGAGCCAUCUUUUUUGGAAUUUAGUGAUGAGCUAAUUAGGUUACUUCAUGAAGCAUUAGCUCUUGCUGAUGCAGAAGAUGAAGCAUUGGUAAGUGCUAAUAAAACUUCUCAGUAUAAAAAUGCAUCGGCUCUAAUUAAUCUUCGUAUCGUUUGCAUUAAAGUGCUUUCAAUAGCAAUAUCUUGUCCUGAAUUCUCUACUCCUGCACAAAGUCAAACAAGAGCAAGAAUUAUUUCUGUGUUUUUUAAGUCUUUAUAUUCUAAAUCGAAUGAAAUAGUUGAAGUUGCAAACAAAGGUUUAAAACAGGUUUUAGCACAAAACCAUAAACUUCCAAAAGACCAAUUACAGGCUGGACUACGUCCUAUUUUAAUGAACUUAUCUGAUCACAAACGUUUGACUGUAGCAGGCCUUGAAGGUCUUGCACGUUUAUUAGAACUUUUGACAAGUUAUUUUAAAGUAGAAAUAGGAAAAAAACUUCUAGAUCAUUUAAAAGUUUGGGCUGAUCCUUCCAUUUUGCAAAUGAUUUCAGGGAGUCCGUUAGAAGAACAACAUUGCAUUACAAUCAUUUCUGCAAUUUUAAAUAUUUUCCAUCUCCUUCCUCCUUCAGCAAAUACUUUUUUAGAAGAAUUAGUAACUAUCGUUAUGGAUUCAGAAAGCCAGCUUAGAAGAACAUCGUCAAGUCCAUUAAGAAAACCUCUAUUGAAUUUCUUGAAUAAAUAUCCUAAUGAUUCUUGGAAUUAUUUCGCACCAAAAUUAGAUCAGCAAAAAUAUAGUUUGUUUUUUUCUCAACUUCUAGUUUCAGAUAUUAGUGAACCGUUAAGAGCUCAUAUUUCAUUAAAUUUAAAUUCUAUUAUUUCGCAUACAUUCUUUAAAGAUGAUAAUAAAGAUAAUAUUUGGGUUAUUGUUUCUGGAAUAACAAUUAUAAAAAUUUUAAUAUCAGAUAUUAAACUUUCAAUAAUGUCAAAUACAGAUUUAAUAGGAACCUUGCUUAAUUUUUUUUCUAUUCCUUUAUUGCAAUCAUUAACAAAUAAAGGCGAUGAAUAUUACCUUCAAGUUAAGUUAAUAAUACGAACUUUAGUAAAAAUAUUGAAAAUGUAUAUUCAGCAAUUUCCUAAUGAUUUUAAAGUAAUUUUUCAUUGUUUUGAGAUAGCAUCUAUGCGAAAUUUAAUAGGAUUUAAUGUGUUUGAUGAACUAAUAUCAGAAAAGAUUAUAUUGAAUAAAAGUAUUCAAUAUAAAAAAGAUAUUAUUAUGUUGUGUUUUAACAUUAUUACUAGUAAACAAGCUACGCCAUGCUGGAAAACAUAUUUAUUUCGGAAAAUAGUUAAUCCAAUAUUAUUAAUAAAUUAUAGUAGACAUGAAGAUUUAAUUGAUAAAUUAUUAAUUGAUACAAUACACACAAAAAUUUGGAAGUUAGCUUUAAGCGAUUUUGGAGUUGAUUUAUUUUUUCCAACUGAUACUAUUAAAAAUGAAAUAAUACAAAUGACUGCAUCAAUUAUCAAAUAUAACACAUUUUAUGUUAAUAGUGAUGCUAAAAAAGAUAUACUUAAAUUUGCAUGGAAUUAUAUUAAAUUGGAUGAUAUUAUAGUUAAAUACUCUGCAUAUGUUCUUUUAGCAUAUUUUUCUGCUUUUUAUGAAGCUUUUCCAAAGAUUAUAACGCAAAUAUAUACGACACUAUUAAGAUCAUCUCAUUCUGAAGGAAGGCAUCUUGUAAAGCAGGCUUUGGAUAUUUUAGCACCAGUUUUAUCAACGCAUGCGUUAUCUACUUCUGAUGUAAAAUAUCCUGAUUGGAUUAAAUGGUUGAGAUCUGUAAUUGUGGAAGAAAAUAAUAAUAUCCCUUUAUUGGUAAACGCGUUUCAGUUUAUUAUACAUCAUGAAGGUUUAUUUUACCAAUCUCGAGGUCUUUUUGUUCCACAAAUAGUUACUGCAUUGCCUAAACUUGGUUUUACACAAAGUGCAAAUAUUGAAACUCGAAUUAUAACAAUAGAACUUAUCGAAUUAAUAGCUAAAUGGGAACAGCGUCGUUUGCAAUUAUACCAAAGUAACAAUAGUUUAGAUUCUACAAAGUUUGAAAAACAGUUUACGGAUGAUAAAUCUUUUGAAAUGGAUGUUGAAUCAAUCAAACAUACUAAGGAAUAUAUUCCAUCAAUGGUUUUGCAAGAUGCUAUUAUUACUUAUCUUGCAAGAGUUGCAUGUUCAUCUUUUGAAGGUUAUUCAAGAAAAGGGGUUUCUAAUAAAGCUAUUCCAUUAAUACGUCAACUCAUAAAUCCUUAUUAUUGGAAAGAUGUUACAAUAAAACUCUCAUUUUUUGAAAAAAUACUUAAACAUACAGAAAUUUCUAAAAAGACUAUAGGACAGUACUGCACUGUACUUGAAAUUCUUUCAGUCGUUGUUGAAUUUCAAUCUAAUCAAUGGAUUUCUGAGAAUAUUCAUCAGUUUCAAGACUUAUUAGAAAAAGCCAUUAAGAUAGAUAACGAACAAAUUCAUAAAGCCUUAAAACCGAUUCUUAUAAAAUUGUUUGCAAAUAUAUCAGAUGAUAAAGAGGGUUCACAUGGAUUAGAGUUCAAAACGUUUAUUAUUAAUACUAUACAUGAUAAUCUUCAAAAUUCUACUAAUUUGAUUUCAACAAUUAAUCUUUUACUAAUUAUCCCAGCUGAGAAAUCCGAAAUUUUAGAUUCUUUCAUGUCUUCUUUAAUAAAAGUAUUUCAAAAAAUAGUUAAAGAUCAUUUAACAUCGGUACAACAAAAUCGUCUAGCGUCUCAAAAUAGUGUUACUGAUAAUGAUUAUUCUAUUAACAAUUUUGCUAGUAUAGAUCCAGAGACAGUAAUAACAUUAAUUGAGGGUUUUAUUACAAUUAUAAAAAAAAGAACUUUGCAUCUCGGUGAUCAACGACGUUUAUUUUUAGCUACAUUAGCUCAAUUAAUAGAAAAAUCACCUAGCUCUCAUCUUUGCUUUAUUAUUUUAGAUGUUUUAAAAGAAUGGGUAACAGAACAAGUUUCUUUUCCAACAAUGAAAGAAAAAGCUGCACUACUUUUAAAAAUGAUAUCAUUUGAAGCUAGAGGAGAUAAUGUGCUUUACAAUGAAUUUUUGUCUUUAAUUAUUGCAAUAUAUGAAAAUCCAGGAAUUUCACGAACAGAAUUAACAAUGAGACUUGAACAAGCUUUUAUGAUUGGCACAAAAACAGAAAAUAUUUCUAUAAGAAACCAUUUUAUGAAAGUAUUUAAUAAGAGUAUACCAAAAAAUGUCUAUACUCGUUUGAAUUACAUUCUGGGUGUUCAAAAAUGGGAAAGUCUUGCGGGUUCAUUUUGGAUCAAUCAGGCAAAUCAAUUAUUAAUUGGAUCUAUAGUGAUUGAAGAAAAAGUAUCUAUUUUAGAAACAGAUCAUGUUUUUCGAACAUUAACUUCAGAUAAACAGCUUUUAUCAUUAAUAGACGAUGAAAUAUUAAUGAUAGAUAGCGAAAUUGAUUCUCUUUUAUUAAAUCACAAAUCAUUUCUUCAAUCUAUAAAUAAAUUAACUGCUGAAAGCAUAAUUAUACCUUUAUCAUAUUUACAAUUUUUAGAAAUGAAUACUAGUUCUCAACUAUGGUCUGAUAUCUUUACUAUAUCAUGGAAUUCGAUAGGAAAAAAAGAUAGACAUGAGCUUUCUAAAUCAAUUGUAACACUAUUAGCAAAUAGCUAUCAUACUCAACAAAUAGAUAAAAGACCAAAUGUUGUCAAAACAAUACUUAAUGGACUUGCGAGAAAUGCAUCAACGAUAAAAAUUCCCCCUCAUUUAAUAAAGUAUUUAGGAAAAACAUUUAAUGCUUGGUAUGAAGCUUUAGAAUUAUUAGAAGAAAUUUCUUCUCAAGGUAGUAAAAAUAUGCCAACUUUAAGAGAAAGUGCUUUAGAUGCUUUAGCAGAAAUGUAUGCUACUUUGCAAGAAGAUGAUAUGUUCUAUGGCUUAUGGAGAAGAAGAUGUCAAUAUCUUGAAACCAAUACUGCUAUAUCCUAUGAACAAAAUGGAAUGUGGGAUAAAGCUCAACAUAUGUAUGAAAAUGCUCAAAUUAAAGCACGAACAGGAGUUCUUCCUUUUUCUGAAUCAGAAUACACAUUGUGGGAAGAUCAUUGGUUAUUAUGUGCCCAAAAACUUCAACAAUGGGAUAUUUUAGCUGAUUUAGCAAAACAAGAGAACUACUCUGAUUUGUUUUUAGAGUGUGCAUGGAGAGUUACUGAUUGGACUACUAAUAGAGAAACCCUUGAAGCUUCAAUAAAAUCACUAAUGGAUAUUCCUACUCCUCGCAGAUAUAUUUUUGAGGCUUUCACUGUUCUUCAGAAAACUCAAACAAAAUUAGAAUCUAUUCAAGAGUUUGUUCGUAUUUGUGAUGAAGGAAUACAAUUAUCAUUAAGAAAGUGGUAUCAGCUUCCAGUAGUUGUUUCAAAUUCUCAUAUACCUCUUCUUCAAAAUUUUCAACAAUAUGUUGAAUUACAUGAAGCUAGUCAAAUUUAUGCCAGUCUCUCAUCUACUAAUACUCAGAAUUUAGAAACAAAAUCUAAAGAACUAAAAAAUAUUUUGAGUACAUGGAGAGAACGUUUACCAAAUAUUUGGGAUGAUAUUAACACAUGGAGCGAUCUCGUUGCAUGGAGGCAAUUGAUAUUUUCUGCUAUUAACAGAGAGUAUUUACCUCUUGUUUCUUCACUUCAGCAACAAACUGGAACAACCGGAAAUAAUUCAAAUGCAACUUCAUUUGCAUACAGAGGUUACCAUGAAACAGCAUGGAUAAUUAAUAGAUUUGCUCACGUUUCUCGAAAACAUCAGUUAGCAGAUGUAUGUAUAAAUCAGCUUACAAAAAUAUAUACAUUACCGAACAUUGAAAUUCAAGAGGCUUUUCUUAAAUUAAGAGAACAAGCAAAGUGUCAUUAUCAAAAUAAUAAUGAAUUAAAUAUGGGGUUAGAAGUAAUAAGUAAUACUAAUUUAAUGUAUUUUGGACAACAGCAAAAGGCUGAGUUUUUUACAUUAAAAGGAAUGUUUUUGGCUAAAUUAAAAUUGAACGAUGAUGCAAAUCAAGCGUUUGCUACAGCUGUUCAAAUCGAUCUCACUUUAUCUAAAGCAUGGGCAGAAUGGGGACAGUAUAAUGAUAAAUUGUUUAAAGAAAAUCCCCGAGAAAUUACAGCAGCAAGUAAUGCUGUAAGUUGUUACUUGCAAGCAGCAGGUCUGCUGAAAAAUGGAAAAGCAAGAAAGGUUUUAAGUCGAGUAUUAUGGUUGUUAAGUUUAGAUGAUAGCUCUGGUGCAAUUUCAAAAGCAUUUGAUUCAUAUAAAGGCGAUAUAUCUGUUUGGAAUUGGAUUACUUUUAUACCUCAACUACUUACUUCAUUAUCUCAUAAAGAGGCACGUCAUGUUAGAAAAAUUUUAGUUCGUAUUGCAAAAACAUAUCCUCAGGCACUAUACUUCCAACUUAGAACUACAAAAGAAGAUUAUACUAUUAUUAAAAAGCAAGCUUUUGCAGCUGCUCAGUCAGCUUCAAAAAAUAAUUCUAUUUCAUCACAUAAUCAAGUAGUUAAUUCAAUGAAACAAGGAAAUGUACAAGAUCAAGCUAAAACUAGUAAUGAAACAGAUACGAAGCAAACUCCUCAAAUAUUCUCUUUCCCUAAUACAAAAACAGAAAAUAAUAUUUUAACAUCUAAUAAUACUACUCCAAAUCUUCAACAACUAUCUAAUUUUCAUCAAAAUCAACAGAUUCAACUUCAAAAUCGUCAACCAUGGGAACAUGUUGACGAAAUUAUGUCAAUUUUAAAAACAGCUUAUCCUUUACUUGCACUUUCUAUGGAAACUAUGGUUGAUCAAAUACAACAACGGUUUAAAUGUACCCCAGAUGAAGAUGCAUAUCGUUUAAUUGUUGCUUUGCUUAAUGAUGGAAUACAGUAUAUUGGAAGAUUAACAUCUGUUACAAAUGAAACUAAACUGCCUUCAGUUACACAGGCAAAUAUUACACGGUUUGCUGAAAGUGUAUUGCCAAAGAAUAUUAAAGUUGCAUUUGAAAAUGAAUUUAUUAAAGAAAAAUUAAAUUUAAAUGAUUAUAUUGCAAAAUUAAGAAAAUGGAGGGAUAAUUUCGAAAAUAUUUUAGAUAAAAGGCCUGGACAUCAGCCUUUAGAACAAUGUAGUCUUUAUCUUAGUGAAUUCCAGUAUCAAAAAUUUGAUGAAGUUGAAGUUCCUGGUCAGUAUCUACAGCAUAAAGAAAAUAAUAAUGAUUUCGCACGUAUUGAUCGUUUUAUGACAACAUUAGAUGUGAUAAGAGGGCAUGGAAUAUGUUAUAAAAGAUUAACUAUUAGGAGUUAUGAUGGUGAUAUUUAUCCAUUUGCGGUUCAAUACCCAGCUGCUAGACAUUGUCGUAGAGAAGAAAGGAUUAUGCAAUUAUUUCGUAUAUUAUCUGGUGUUUUAUUAAGAAAAAAGGAAACCAGAAGAAGAAAUAUAACUUUUACUCUUCCUAUAGCAAUACCAAUUGCUCCUCAUAUUAGAAUUGUAGAGGAUGAUCCCUCCGGGAUUUCUUUACAAGGAAUAUAUGAAGAAUAUUGUCGUCGACACAAUAUGCAUAAAGAUGAACCUUUGGAAUAUUUUGCGUCAAAACUAAAUUCUCAUGGACCUCAAUCUUUAAAUAAAGAAGAUAUUAUUAAUCUUAAAGUCGAAAUUUUGGCUUCUAUUCAAAACAAUUUGGUUCCAGAUGAUAUCCUUUUAAAAUAUUUUAAACAAUUGUUUUCUACAUUUUGCGACUUUUGGAGAUUUCGAAAACAAUUUACUCUUCAGUAUUCAGGAAUAGCAUUUAUGACUUAUAUAAUGAAUAUUAACAAUCGUUUUCCAAAUAAAUUAUAUAUUUCUAGAAGUUCUGGAAAUAUUUGGGGAACUGAAUUUCUUCCAGCAAUGGCUUUAAACAAUCCUGUUUUCCAUAAUGGAGAAGCUACUCCUUUUAGAUUUACCCCAAAUAUUCAAACAUUUAUUACUCCAGUAGGCAUUGAAGGAAUAUUUUCUAGUGCUUUAAUGGCAAUUGCACGUUGUUUAACAGAACCUGAGUUUGAGCUUGAUCAGCAUUUAAGUAUUUUCGUACGAGAUGAAUUAAUUACAUGGUUUACUCAACAGCAUCGUCCUUUGAUACAAGAGAAUCAAUUUCGUGAAAGAGUUGUUGGAAAUGUUGAUUUACUUGUUAGAAGAGUUUCAUCUUUAUCUCAAGUUGCACAGGGGAAUUUACCUGCUAACCAAACAAUAAUUGAUUUAGUAUCACAGGCAGUUAACCCAAGAGCAUUAGCACAAAUGGACCAAUUAUGGGCAGCAUGGCUUUAA